AUGAAGUUCCAGAUCACAUCAUCCGGCGCCUUGGCGCUUGUCGCCCUCAUUGGAAGUGCCGCCGCUAAACAUAGCCAUGGCCACAGCCAUCACCACGAGAUCCGGGAUGUGGCUUUGGAGAAGAAGAGCGGGAAGUGCCAAUUCCCCACCGACGCUGGCCUGGUUGCCAUUACCCCGAAUCUCGAUAACGCCGGUUGGGCUAUGAGCCCUGACGAGCCCUGCAAGCCUGGCAAUUACUGCCCAUACGCUUGCCCUCCCGGUGAGGUAUCCAUGCAGUGGGAUCCCAAGGCCACCUCUUACACCUACCCCUUGUCCAUGCGAGGUGGACUAUACUGUGAUGACGACGGCAAUAUUCAGAAGCCCUUCCCCAACCGCGACUACUGUGAGUCGGCUACUGGUGUCCUGAAGGCGCACAACAAGGCUGGAAAGUCUGUGUCUUUCUGCCAGACAGUGCUUCCCGGAAACGAGGCUAUGCUCAUUCCCACUUUGGUGGAGACGCUGGCCGAUCUGGCCGUGCCUGGCAUGUCCUACUGGUGCUCCACAUCUGCCCAGUACUACAUCAACCCUCCCGGUGUCACCACGGAGGAAGGCUGCGUCUGGGGUAGCUCCGAAAAGCCCGUUGGCAACUGGUCCCCGUACACUGCCGGUGCCAACACCGAUGCCGAUGGCAACACCUUCCUGAAGAUUGGCUGGAACCCUAUCUACCUGGAACCCACCACCCCCUUCCGCAACGAAAGGCCUGACUUCGGUGUCGAGAUUAACUGCGAGGGUGACGGCUGCGAAGGCCUGCCUUGCAAGAUCGACCCUGCUGUCAACGAUGUCAACGAGAUGGUUGGUGACGACAUCUUCGCCGGCGCUGGCGGUGCUAAGGGCUGUGUCGUUACCAUCCCUAAGGGUCAGACCGCCCAUAUCGUUGUCUUCGAGAAGGAGAGCGACGGCAGCACCUCGUCUGAGACGAUUCCGGUCUCCACUCCUAGCAGCACCAGCACCUCGACUCCUACUCCCACCUCAACUAGCACAACCGAGACCACCACUACCUCUACUCCCACUCCCACUUCAACCUCCACUUCAACCGCGACUGCCACCUCUACCUCUACCUCUACCAGCUCCACUACGACUCACGCUAUGAGCUCUGCUGUUUCCAGCACCAACCUGCCUAAGUCGAGCCCGACGCUGAGCUACACCUAUCAACCCCACAUUCUCACGGGUUCUGCCGAGAUUUUCAUGGCUUCCGCAACUACUGCUGCCGCCGCUUCCUCAUCCACCUCCACUGGCGAUGCUACCACCGCCGGCGUCUCUGUGUUGACCUUGGCCUUCGGCGCUAUGGCGGCCAUGGUUGCCAACUUCUAA